GCGCCGUUUGCGCGACGCGGGGGCGGCCGCCGCCCCCCCGCGGGCGGACGACAAUGGCCGCCGACACGCUGUCGCGGCUCUCGUUCGUGAACUCCCACCGGGGCCCGGGCGGCCGGCACCAGCACGACUUCUCGGCCUCGAGCCGGUUCCCACCGCCGCGGACGCAGUCGUUGCCGCACCUGGCCAGCCCCGCCGGGUUUGCUCCAACCUUGGGGAACGGGUCGCGCCAGCUCUACGCGAGCCUGAAAGUCCCGUACGAGGCGCACCUCUCCGCCACGCUGCACCCCAACGGCACCAACUGGCGCGAGCCCUCGGCGCCGCGCGGGCGGGCGGCCGAGGAGUGGGUCCAGCCCGGGCGGCUGCGGCCGGAGACCCUCGGGCCUGCGGGCCGCCAGCAGGCCGGGCCCGGCCCUAUUGUGUGUGCCGGGCUGGCGGGCGCUGCCAGGCGUGGCCCAAGCCCGAGGGCCGGAUGGCCUCCAGGGGCACCCCUCACGGGGCCGAGGGGGGCCUCGGGGGCAUCAGCGCGAGGAAGGCGUGGGCACCAGUCGGCCAGCAGCAGACACUCGCAGGCAAGUAUCGCGGAGGAGCCCCCGAUGGAGACAGUGGCAUCGUCCAACGCGCUGCUUGAGCCACAGCAGCGGGGCAAGCGCAUCGUCCGCGACAACACGAACACCCUGAGCCACAUCGGACCGCUCCUGUACGGCCUGCGGGACAGCAGGAGCGACGGGUUGUUGAGGCAGUCGGAGGUUCCCAUGUAUGAAGGGUCCGCAGGGGUGAACGCGAAGGCGGAGCGCAUACCGAUCUACGGCCCCCUGCCCCCGGACUGCGUGGUGGGCACUUUCGGCCCGGACCACGCGUGACGCUUCGGGUGAGCCGCCCCUGCUGGGCCCGUCGCCAUACGCGACCCCGCGCGCGUGUCGCGCCAACACCGCUCACCCAGCCCACCUCGCGUCCGCUGCCGAUCAAGGUCGGUCAGGUGUGCUGCAGCGCACGUUGGCGGUCGAGCCUCUGCCCCCCCCCUCUCCGGGCAUCGCAACCGAUCGCCCCGCGCCGCCGUCGGAGACGGGGCGCUGCCCCCCCCCGCCGCCAGAAAGAGGCCCCGGGGAGCGGAGCGAGGAA